GUAAAGUCAAGCUCAAGAAGUGUUCUACCCAAGGAAGUGAAUAGUUUGAGUUGGAUUUUGGUUUUUGCGUGAAUAAGUCGAGUUGAAGAUGGACACUUUGUACAUUGGUAAUAGAUUGUUUUUGAACUCGGAUCAAUAUCCGGAUUUUUUUGCCGGUGGAAUUCUUGUGUCCGGAGAUGAUGGUAAAGUGACCACGAUAUUCGAUUCGCCGAGUGAAGUGGAUGCAUAUUUGGAAUACAAUUAUGCUGAGGUCUACGAUUUCGGUGACCUGGUGGUGAUGCCGGGCUUGAUCGACUCGCACGUUCACAUCAACGAACCGGGCCGAACGGAGUGGGAAGGUUUCCAUACGGCUACCAAAGCGGCCGCAGCCGGCGGCUUCACCACGAUCUGCGAUAUGCCGCUGAACUCGAUUCCACCGACCACCACGAUGGCCAACCUGCGCACCAAGAUCAAUGCGGCUCGCGGUAAAAUUUUCGUCGAUGUCGCCUUCUGGGGUGGGGUCGUCCCGGGUAACAGCCACGAACUGCGCGAUAUGAUCCAAGCUGGAGUUGUGGGUUUCAAGUGCUUCCUGUGCCCCAGUGGGGUUGAAGAAUUCCAACACGUCAGUGAACAGGAUCUCCACAAAGCUCUCAGAGCGAUGGAAGGAUCUGGAUGCGUUUUGGCCUUCCACGCGGAAGUCGAAUGCAGCUCGCACAACCACAGCCACACGCGCAGCGAUAAUCCGAAGCACUAUCAAACGUUCCUCCAGGCCAGACCGGAUCAAAUGGAAGCGGACGCCAUCAAAGUAGUGGCACGCUUCUCACAAAAGUACGACGUUCCGUGUCACAUCGUUCACCUGUCGUCGGCUCAAGCAUUGCCAACGAUCCGGGAGGCCCGCUCAAAUGGUGCCCAGCUGACGGUGGAAACGUGCCACCACUACUUAUCGAUUGCUGCCGAAGAAAUUCCCGAUGCCCACACCGAGUACAAGUGCUGCCCACCGAUUCGCGGCAAGACCAACCAGGAACUGCUGUGGCAAGCGGUCUGCGACGGUGAAAUCGACAUGGUGGUGUCGGACCAUUCGCCCAGCACGGCCACCAUGAAGCUGCUUACGACGGGGAAGGAUCGCGGCAAUUUCAUCAAGGCGUGGGGCGGUAUUUCGUCGGUCCAGUUUGGGCUGCCGGUGUUCUGGACCAACUGCCAGCGGUACGGUUUGGAGAUCCCGGAUCUGGUGAGGUUGCUUUGCACCGAACCGGCCAAGAUGUGCGGCUUGGAUCAGGUGAAGGGCAGGCUAGAGGUUGGGUACGAUGGCGAUAUUUGCGUUUGGGAUCCGGAGGACACUUUUACGGUCACGCACGAUAUCAUCGAGUUUCAGCACAAGGCCAAUCCGUAUAUGGACCGGAAGUUGCGCGGAUUGGUUCACGCGAGCUUUAUCCGUGGCUGCCCGGUUUAUAGGCAGUCGGAGAAAUUCGGACGACCCCAGGGAAAUAUACUGAUGAAGAAGGCCACCAGGAGGGGUAUAAAGAUAAGGAAGAUUGAUUGAAUCGUUGGUGGUCGGUAGUUUUAGAUUUAUCUUUUAGCCAUUGUGUACAAAGUCUGAUAGAUUUAAAAGUAUUUUUAGGUGUUAUGAUUAUAUAUUUUUAUGAUAAAGAAUAAAGUAUUUGUUUCUCAUCA